AAGUGCCUCCCUGCUUCUGUUUGCUUCCCCAUCUCUCCAGGUUUCUGUUUUCCCAGUUCCCUUCUCAGGCCGGUGGCAGUGGGGGCUGUGCCUGGUGGGCCCCACGGAGAUGCUCAGUGCUCGGGAUCGCCGGGAUGGGCUCCCUGCGGAGGGGGCAGCUGCGGGGCUCCAGGGCUUCGCUGUGGACAAGACUUUCCUCUCCUCCCUCAAAGGCAUCCUGCUGGAAACCGAGCUGGCCCUGACCUUCGUCAUCUUCAUCUGCUUCACGGCCUCCAUCUCCGCCUACAUGGCCGCAGCGCUGCUGGAGUUCUUCAUCACGCUCGCCUUCCUCUUCCUCUACGCCACCCAGUACUACCUGCGCUUCGAUCGGCUGAACUGGCCCUGUCUGGACUUCCUCCGCUGUGUCAGUGCCAUCAUCAUCUUCCUGGUGGUCUCCUUUGCAGCUGUGACCUCCCGGGAUGGAGCUGCCAUUGCUGCUUUUGUGUUUGGCAUCAUCCUGGUUUCCGUCUUUGCCUACGAUGCUUUCAAGAUCUACCGGACUGAGAUGGUUCCCAGGACCACCCAGGAGGACCAGCAGUGACCCUGAGCUAACUGGCUCCUGGGCCCAGCCAGACAAAAGGAACAGAGCAGCCC